UAGCCAAUAUACCGUAGCUAGCCAUUACAAAAACUCGAAAAAAAAAAAGCUACCCACUUGCCACCACCUGGUAUUCUUGAAAAAAAUAUUGCUUUCAUGGGUUAUCAUGGAAUGAUGUUGCUGCUUCAAAUCAUUCUUGUUUUUUCUUAUCAGAAUUCCAUGGGUUUGAAAUAUUUUAUCUAAACAAUAGAAGCUUCAAUUCUUAUCUUAUCUUUGGCCCUCUUCCAGUUUUAGCACCAGAAUUAUGGGAAGGACGCCAGGCUGCAAUACAGAUGGUCUAAAGAAAGGUGCAUGGACAGCUGAUGAGGACCAAAAACUCAUCGCUUAUAUUCAAGAACACGGCGAAGGAGGCUGGCGAACCUUGCCUCAGAAAGCUGGUCUCCAGAGAUGUGGAAAGAGCUGCAGACUGAGGUGGGCUAAUUAUCUUAGGCCUGAUAUCAAGAGAGGAGAGUUCAGCACAGAAGAGGAGCAAAAGAUCAUUCAACUUCAUGCCUCUCUGGGGAACAGGUGGUCAGCCAUAGCCAGGAAUCUCCCCAAGCGAACCGACAACGAGAUCAAGAAUUAUUGGAACACACAUCUGAAGAAGCGACAAGCCGAGGAGGGCACUGCUCUUGUGAGUCGCAAGCCAUUUGGUCCCUCUUCCGCUCCCCCGGACGCCAUCCACGAGUCUUCUGAAUGUGAACCUGCUCAGCCGCAACCUACAUCUUUAAGGCCUGCUUCGGCUUCAGCCCAGCUGCUCAACAAAAUAGCGGCUAAGCUUGCGCCAUCAACAUGUCUCGAGACAUUAAAAACAAGCCAAAGUCUUCAGACCCUUUCAACAGAAGCUGAUAAAGAGGUUGUGGACGUGCAUAUAAUUAGCAACACGUGUCAGUCGGAGCCUCCACCUUCCCUGGCUGUGAGGUCCCCGGAUAUGCCCAGGCCUGUUUCCACUUCUGCUAGAAUCCUAAAUAAAAUGGCCGGUAGACUUACCACCCAUUUACACUGCCUCGACACGUUAAAAUCUAUCCUGUCAGGUUCUUCAGAUAAUCAUAACUUUAUGCAUCGUUCUCCAUCUGCUUCAAGCCUUUCAGAGACUGCCUCUGAUAUGUCAAGAUCCAUUUCCACUUCCAAUGGAGGGAUAAACGAUCAAAUGCCUACCCAUAAUCAUCUUUCACCAUUAAUCGACUCUUUUGAUCUUGACCUGCUUGAAGAUUGGAAUGGGGUAAGUGACUGCGGCGUUUCGAGUAGUAGCCUGGGUGACACCUACAACGGCUGGGAAUCUCCAGUGUCUCCUCUCAAUAAUAAUAAUAAUAAUAAUAAUAAUGCACUUACAUUUUCUGGUUGUGAAUCAAUGGGGACAUGUAGUGGUGAAGUUAAGGAUGCAAUGACGACAGAAACAACCUAUGAGAGUGAGAUGACAUUUGGGUACCAGGAUGCCUCCGAUCAGUAUGCGCAAUAUUUCACGGAUGGAUUCUCCAAUUUUUUUAUUGGCGAUUCACAUGUGGUAUCUGCUUGCAGUGGAGAUUCGCAUGAAGGCAAGGUUUUUGAAGAAGAUACGUACUCUUGGAAUAAUGGCCAUCUUUUUGAGAAUUAUCAACCGCUGGAUUCUCAUAUCUUUUGAGUUUAUGUAAUUCUAUAAAAAUUAAUAUAUAAAAUCUUAAUUAUUCGGGAACAA